AUGCCGACCGUUUCCGUUUCGCGCGAUCGUCUCUUCGAGUUGUUGGGCAAGACAUACACGAGGGACGAGUUCGACGAGCUAUGCUUUGAGUUCGGCUUAGAGCUUGAUGAUGUCGUCAGCGAGAAGCCUGCAAUCGGUUCCCGUGCCAUGUCUGCAGGCGUUGAGGUCUCUGAGGUGGUCAAUUACAAGAUCGAAGUCCCGGCAAACCGCUAUGAUCUUCUUUGCCUGGAGGGUCUUGCUCAAGCACUCCGAGUCUUCUUGAAGCUCGACCCAGCGCUGCCCAAGUACCGAAUUGAAGGUAGCCCCUCGUUGCGCUUUGAGGUCAAACAGGAAGUUGCUGAAGUCCGACCGUAUGUGUACUGCGCAGUGUUGCGAGAUAUGAACAUGACUGAGGCUGUGUACCAGAGCUUGAUUGAGUUGCAGGAAAAGCUCCAUCAGAACAUUUGUAGGCGACGCACUUUGGUCGCCAUUGGUACCCAUGAUCUCGAUACCAUCGAAGGGCCGUUCACAUAUGAAGCUCUUCCGCCGAAAGAGAUCAAGUUUGUUCCGCUCUCAAAGGAAGAGGAGUACGACGCCGAAGCACUAAUGGAACUGUAUGAAGAGGAUCCGCAGCUCAAAAAAUACCUCGGAAUCAUUCGUGAUUGUCCGAGGUACCCUGUCAUACACGACAAGAAGCGUACCGUCCUUUCCAUGCCGCCCAUCAUUAACGGCGAUCAUUCCAAGAUCACGUUGAACACGAGAAAUAUGCUCAUUGAGUGCACUGCCACAGACAAGACGAAGGCGAGCAUUGUGCUAAAUACCCUUAUCGCGAUGUUUUCACGCUAUUGCGAAAAGCCGUACACUUGCGAAUCGGUGCAAGUUGACUACGCUGGUGCGGCCACCAUGAUCACGCCGGACUUUUCUACUCCGCAAGUUACUGCGGACAUCAGCUACAUCAACAAGUCCAUUGGGGUGGAGUUGCAAGCCAGUGAAAUGGUGUCCAUGCUGGGGCGAAUGCAGCUUCCCGCGUCGAUUGUUGACGACAAGACAAUUGGUGUAAAUGUCCCAAUUAUCAGGUCUGAUGUCCUUCACGCGGCUGACAUUAUGUGUGACGUGGCCGUAGGGUACGGUUUCAACAACGUGCCGGAACGCGUUCCGGAGACUUCGACUGUCGGAAAGCAACAACCGCUCAAUCAUUUGGCAGACCUCGUCAGACGCGAGGGUCUCGCUCAGCAGGGAUACACAGAGAUAUUGACAUGGGUCACAGUGUCCAACGCGGAAAAUUUCGGAUUGCUGCGACGAACGGAUGAUGGUACAGUGGCGGUUAAGAUUGGAAAUCCAAAAACUCUCGAGUUUGAGGAGUGCAGAACAUCUCUUCUCCCAGGCCUUCUCAAGACGCUCCGUGAGAAUAGAAAGUCCAAGGUACCAAUCAAACUAUUCGAGGUAGGCGAUGUAGUGUUGAAGGAUGACAACGCCGAGGUACUGGCCUCCAAUCGGAGAAAAGUUGCAGCGAUCUACUGUGCAACUGCUGCCGGUUUCGAGGUGAUACAGGGGUUGUUAGAGAGUGUGAUGAAUACCUUGGGAGUGAGAAGGGGGAAUGGCAUAGAGAAAGGGACAUGGUCUAUCGAUGCCGCAUCGUGCACAGAUGGCGCUUUCUUUGAAGGUCGAAGGGCUCACAUUUUCUUUGAAGGAAAGAGCAUUGGAGCACUGGGAUGGGUACACCCCGAAGUUCUCAGUAAUUUUUCAUUGAGCUAUCCAUGCUCAGCGAUGGAGUUCGAUCUUGAAACCUUUCUGUAAAUAUCAGGAAGGCUGUCGUAUAGUAUCAGUGUUGAGGGUGGCUUUAGGUGAGAUUCGAAAAGGAGUGACUGUCUUCGCUCCCUAGCGGUCGUCUCUGUGGGAAGGCUUGUGCAAAGGAUAAAGAGGUUUCCGAUAAU